AUGUCCAUUUCUCAGCAAACCCCAGGCAAAAAUUCCACCCCAGCUUUUGAGCAGUCUCAAUUUUCCCCUUAUGACACAAUUGAAAACUUAAAUUUCCAAGCCAACUCUCUCUUUACUUCUCUUGACAAAUUAUCUUUACCUUCUCCAGAGCAGCAAAAAUUAAUUGAUGAAAUAAAAACUGGAAUUUUGAAUUUACUAUCAGAAUGAGAAGACGCCUAUGAAGCCAAAAUUCAGGUCCCAGCCAUCUCAAUCCCACCUAAUUCUUUAAAAAAUACAGAAGAUUCUGAAGAAGAAUUAAGAAAAAUCAGAGAAGAAUACGAAAUUAGGAUUAUAGAACUGGAAGAAAAAUUAAAGGAAACAGAAAACACGUACUUAAAAAUGCAUGCAGAUUGCCAGGACCAGUUAAAAGAUAUAGACCAUGAUAUUGACGAAAUUAUGCAUCAUUAUAAACAAAAGUGAAAAAAGAAGCCGGUAAUUGGAAAUAUUUUGCAGGACUUGUUUAGUCAAGAAGAAUUGGAGGAAGAAGGAAGAAUUGCUUUAGGGGAAAAGAGAAAAACUAAAGAAAUACAAAUAAAGAAGCUUGAGGUAAGUGGGGAAGAAAACUGAGAUAUGAAUGCAGAUAGUGAGGAGAGCUCAGGCCCACCUAGCCAGCUUGAAGGAAGUGGGCUGAUUUUGUAUGAUAAAUUGCAUAAUUUGAAAAAAAAGUUGUAUAAUUAUAGGCAUAGAGAAGAAAAUAGCUUGAAAAAUACUUUAAUCCUCCUGAUAAAAAUUAUAUGAAAAAAUCUGAAUUGCAAUUAAAAACAAGCAACUAACGAUACUAUUUUGGCGUAAAAAUUGUGAUUUUGAAGGAGAGUUAGAUAAUGCAUUUGUUGAAAGUUUGCCAAUUUCAAUGAGAUCAAUAUCAAACUGUGAGUCCCUCAAAUUAACAAAUUUGCUUUCUGGACUGAAAUCAAGAGACAGUAGCUUAUUAGCUGAACAAAUCUAUGGUAAAGGAGGAAAAAUUGAAAAUAAAAUAAAUGAAAUACCCAAAAUUGACCAAAAUUUUAAGCCAAACGAGCUAUAACUGAUUUAUUAAAUUUUAUCAUUCCUACUAAUUACGUUAUCAUAUUUUAAAUAGGAGAAUGGCUAAUCAGCAGAAAUGUUUUUAUUUAAUUUAAUUAGGUAUAAAUAAUUUACUUUCUGAAAAGCUAACUUUAGAUGAAAAAGAGCAGCUUGUGCUGACUCUAAUAGACAGGGAAAAUUCAGAGGAAAGCCAUGAUGUCUGCUUAGAAGAUUUAUUGGAUAUUUCUCAAAAUGAUGUAUCUCGUAAAGAAAUAACUGUCAUAGAAGCUACUGAGCAAAGUGAAAACUCUUUUGCUAGCUUUUUAAAAGCAAAUUCUAAAAACCCAGAAAAUAACUCCCUGAAUUUUUCAGAUGUCCUGACUUUUAAAAAACCAGAAAAAGAUUCAUUUAUUUCUCAAGAAGAAAACUCGUUUGAUGAAUUUUUAAAAGAAAAAUCAUUUAGCCGUAUUAAUGAUUCUAAAUCUAUAGAAAUUUCUUGUAUGAUAUGAACUAUAAAUAGCUAGCUAUUUUUGUGCUACUUUUAUUUAUAUUUAAUAUAUACAUAAAAUUGCGACAAAAGGCACCCGACUUACUUUACCAUUAUUCUUCUACAACUACAGGCAACGGUCUGGUGCAAAUUGGAAGGGCAGAAAGGGGUCGGUAAUCCUUUGUGGAUAUUGAGCUGGGGUUUUCUCGGGCCUUAGGGAACUAAUCCCUGGGACUUGAUUUUUGCCUCCAAGAUCAUCAUUGGAAAGGCCAGAACCAGCAAAAGCUCCGAGGAUGAUAAAUUCCUCUAAUAGUGCCCAAGAGGUAGCAUCUACCUAGCAAGAAACUGAGUGUUUCAACACAGGUGAUGGACCUAUAGGCUCCAGGAGUCAUGAGAGUCAAAAUUCGGCCGUGCCUUCAGUAACGAGGAAGGAUGACUAUUGGGUUCUUCGGAAGGAUGAGCAUGCAGGAGCCCUGUCGAUAGCGAAUAGUUUGCUUUACUUUAAUUAAUUAAUUAUUUAUAUUUAAUUAUUUUAAUAGGUAUAUAGUUGACUCAAAACCCUUUGAAAAUUCAAAUAUCGAGGAAUCUAAAAAUCUUCAGAGCUUUUCCCUUCUGCUUUCCCCUAUAAAUUCUUCAAAGCCUCCCUUCUUCCCUGCUAUAAUCCCUUCAAGACUUGAUGCUUCAAAUGACUCAAUGCAAAAUAAUUCACUUUUUUCAGAUAACAGCAUCCCAUCUCCUAAUAAUCCUAAGUCCUCCUUUUAAUAUAAUUUCUUCAUAAAUUUUGACAUAGCUUAGUGUGCAACUGUGGAGCCUCCAUUUUUUUUAAAUUUUCCGAUAUGUAAAGGGCAGUUCAACACACCAAACUCCGUCCAAAAUUUGCACAAGGCCUAAUAACGAACACUUUUUUUACGUUAAUAAUUAGGAAGAGGGUGUUAAGAAAAAAAACCCAAAAAAGGCAGCUAUUAAACCGCCCUAAGAUUUUUGAUAAAGAAGACUCCUCAAUUCUUCCACCUUUAAACACAUCGGCUGAGUCUAAAUCUAAGCCAAAAAUCCAACUGCUUCCACAGCCACCUUCUGAGCCUUCUCAAAGAAAAAAACCAUUCAGUUUCCGAGGCAGAUUUUUCCGGCUGAUAGCUGCGUCUCAGCCUAAAUUAAUCCCCAAUCUUCCAAACCCACAAUUUUUAUAG